AUGGCAGAAGGGUCAAAUGACAUGCACAAAAAUACUAGUUCUCUGCCAAAUGGAACUGAUGGCAAAGUUAAGACAGUAAAACACCCUCGAUGGACCAGACAAGAAUCUCUUGUUCUCAUACAAGGCAAGAAGGUUGUAGAGAGCCAAAUUCAAGAGGGUCACCGAUCCAUUUCAGCCUUUGGACCAGACCAGAAUGAACCCAAGUGGGAUUCAGUCUCAUCAUACUGUAAACAGCGUUGCGUGAACAGAGGAUCAGUACAAUGCCAGAAAAGAUGGAGUAAUAUUCUUGUAGAUUUCAAGAAGAUCAAAACAUGGGAAUCUCAGAUGAAGGGAGAGGUGAAAUCAUUCUGGAUGAUGAGGAAUGAUUUGAGGAAAGAAAUGAAACUGCCAGGUUUUUUCGAUAAAGAAGUUUAUGAUGUCUUAGAUGUAGGAGUCCUUGCCAUGCCAGCAGUUCCAUUGGCACUUCUGACAACCAUUAUAGAUGCAGAAGAUGGUAAACAUUAUAAGAUCAUGACUGUGGCAGAGAAAGAAGAUGAAGAUGACAAGGCAGAGACAGUUUUUGAUAGCAGUCAACAAGCUCCAGCACAAGAUGGUUUAUUCAAUUUUGAACCAACUGGAUACAAGGAAAUUGACCAGAGCUGA